AUCGAACGGCACCGAUUGCCACGCCCAGUCGCCCACGCAUCCUCCACGGCCUGUGCCUGUGCCCGGUGCUGCGGCGCACGCGGCACGCCGUUCUGGUUCCUCUCCAGCUCUCCCCUUCUCUUUUCCAGUUUUCCCCAUUCGCAGCUGCUGCUCUCGUUCUCCGCCAGCAAGCGAAUCACCGCCGCGGCGGGAGGCACCUCGCCUUCGAUCCGGGGCAGUUUCCUUGCUGCGAGUGCGAGGGGCAGAAGGGGGACGGCGGCUUUGGAGCCAACUUUCCGCGUUGCGGUGGCGGUGGCUGGUCGGCGCCAUGAGCUUCGUGUUCCGGGGGAGCAGGGCGGACAUCGAGGCCGGUGGUUUCCCGGGGUUCGCUCCCGACCGCCGCGCCAUGCGAAUUCAUGCAGGGGGCAGGCCAGUGCAUAGCAAUUCCUUGGCUUUUCUUGUCACAGUACUUCUUUUGUUCAUGGUACUGAACUCGCACCAGAUGUCUCCCAAUUUUUUGCUUUGGCUUGUCUUGGGAGUCUUCCUAAUGGCCACGAGCCUUAGAAUGUACGCCACAUGCCAGCAGCUCCAAGCGCAGGCGCAAGCUCAUGCUGCCGCUGCCAAUGGUUUUCUUGGACACACUGAGCUGCGUGUGCAUGUACCACCAACAAUAGCCCUUGCGACAAGAGGCCGGUUGCAGAGCCUUAGACUUCAACUGGCACUUCUUGAUCGCGAAUUUGAUGAUUUAGACUAUGAUGCUCUGAGAGCUUUGGAUGCUGACAAUAGCCCGCAUGCUCCUUCUAUGAGUGAAGAAGAAAUAAAUUCUCUUCCUGUCUUCAAAUACAAAGUUCAGGCACAAAAGGGGAAUGCCUCUGCCCGAAAAAGUGAUGGGCCAUCUCAGCUAUCAACUUCCUCCACUGGGUCUGGCAAUGAGAAAAAGCAGGAUGGUUUCAAAGCAGCAGAUGGAACCAGCAAAACAUCAGAGGAUGAACUAACAUGCAGUGUUUGCUUGGAGCAAGUCGCUGUGGGUGAUCUGUUGAGAAGCCUACCAUGUUUGCAUCAGUUCCACGUAAACUGCAUCGACCCAUGGCUGCGCCAACAGGGUACAUGCCCAAUCUGCAAGCACCAGGUCAGUGAUGGGUGGCAUGGCACAGGAAAUGGCGAAGAGGAUGCUUCUUACAUGGUGUAAGUAGCUGCCUGUGAGCAGGACUUAGCUAAUGCUAGUAGCUACUAACAAAACCCGUGAAAGCUGUUUCGGGAGGUGGAGGUGAAAGCUGUUAGACCGAUCCCCUUCAGAUUGGUGGAGGGAUGACUGAUUUUCCUGCCAAUCUGGGGAUGUGGUCUAAUCCCUGCUUAUCCUAACAAACCGAGUGUGGAACCAGCUGUUCGAUGUGCUGAGUUCUUGUACAACUAAUGUUCACUUCUCUGUGAUGUUUAUGCAUCAAAAGGUUGAUGGCAUGUUUUCUUCCCCGGUCU